CUUCCCUCCUGGUAAUCCUCCAGCAUCAGCGCAGCAACAAAGGAGGCUAACACACAAAUCGCUACUUUGAUUUCAGUUCAAGAGAUUUUUACCUAUUAUUUGCUAUGGCAGCAAUCAGGAAAAAGCUGGUUAUAGUGGGAGACGGAGCCUGUGGGAAGACCUGUCUGCUCAUCGUGUUCAGCAAGGACCAGUUCCCUGAAGUCUACGUGCCUACAGUGUUUGAGAACUACGUUGCUGACAUUGAAGUUGAUGGCAAACAGGUUGAAUUAGCUCUGUGGGAUACAGCGGGUCAAGAAGACUAUGACAGGCUCCGCCCUCUCUCCUAUCCAGACACUGAUGUCAUUCUUAUGUGCUUCUCCAUCGACAGCCCAGACAGUCUUGAAAACAUCCCUGAGAAGUGGACCCCUGAGGUGAAACAUUUCUGUCCUAACGUUCCCAUCAUCCUGGUGGGGAAUAAAAAGGACUUGCGUAAUGACGACCACACUCGGAGAGAACUAGCCAAGAUGAAGCAGGAACCCGUGAAACCAGAGGACGGGCGGGACAUGGCGAACAGGAUCGGUGCCUUUGGAUACAUGGAGUGCUCCGCAAAAACAAAGGAUGGUGUGAGGGAAGUGUUCGAGAUGGCCACCAGGGCUGCACUACAAGCCAGGCGAGGAAAGAAAAGCAAUAAAUGUAACCUACUGUAAACGGGGGGCAUGAGGACUGCCUCCRACAAGGUGGGGGCAAGAAGGAGAAUUAGGCCAAUCCUACCCCCAGACAAACCCACACAAAAGACUAUUCUCCCUGUUUUUACUAAAGGUGUAAUGCUUUUACUGUUUUGUCUUAAGCAGAAGUAGUCAGGUUGUCAGUAUUCAACUUUGAGGUUAUGGAAAAUACUUUUUUUGUACUUUUAACAUGAGUAAAAAAGAAAAUUGCCAUAAGGAAGCCUCCUUUAACAUGUAUGUAACUGAAAAGGUCAGCCAGGGGACCUGUUGUGUCAUAAUUGCCAACUACAGCUAAGUGCUUAAGUCCUGCCUGCUGAUCUGAGGAAUGUGUCCACAGCCAAGUAGGGUGAAGUACCUGCACACUGUGACCUGUAGUCCUUUAACUAUUCCCACUAACUGAUGCACACAUUAAGACUAAACCUCAAAUGUGUAAACAAACAAUCUUAUGUGCAUUAUGACAACAUGCACAUCACAAGACUGGAAACCUAUUUUGCGAAAACACAAGGGUUUUGUGUGUGAAAUUACUUUGUAAGAAUAGUAAAAAAAAUUACUUCACUUGACUGGGAAACACUGAACGACAACAGUCGAGUUGCAGUAUCGCUCAAAUAUGAAACUAAAGCAAACGCAGGCUCCCAGCAGAUUGUUUUCAGGUUGAAAUUUAGCGUGGGUGGCCAGUUUAAGGUCUUUUUUUGCAUUAUGCAUUUCAGAGUUGGUCAGGGUCCCGGCUCAGCCAUAGUGCAAAAUCAAGUGCACUUAGGACGUAUGGUGGGCAUUACAGAUUAAUACGAGCCYUUCUUCAGGUGUUGUCUUGUCAUUCAGACCUGAUGGAUGUUGCGUUGUUUUGAAGAAAAGCAUACAAGCCCUUAAACUAGUUCUUGAAAAAGCAAUUAUAUGUAUUAAUCAGGAUGUUUUCAAUUGAAAAAUAAACUUGUCAGUGCUCCCUGGUGGACAAA